AACAAAUAAUGACGACGUCACACUUGUGACGCAAGCGUUGAACCAAAGCGGCCAAGUGUUUACGAUGACAACGAGUCUAGGGAUUGGCGGAACGCUUGUCGGCUCAUGUUGCGUUCUGUACGUAUGCGAGCUAGCAUUAGGCGUCUGAACGCUUUAUGGAUAUUGCGUGGAUUGGCCAUGGAUUUUCAAUGUGGUAAUUGUGAGGCAGCAGUACGUAUUAAUCUCCCACAGAAUUUGUGAACCAGGUGUUCAGUGAUAUUUUUAAAAGAAACCCAGAUACCGAAGCAGCAUGGAGCCUAAUGAGAAGGUGAAGGACGAAUUGGAUGAAGAGUCGUUUGCCCUCCGCCCGCUCGGCCCCGAAUUCCACAUGGAUGGCAUCCGGGACCAAAAGGGGGUCAAGAAUCUACUCGUCUACUACGCCCGACAUUCUACCAUGCAUGGGAUCCCGUCCAUUGUCGGUUCGAAACUGUACAGGGGAAGAAGUAUCUUCUGGUGUUUCGUUGUGGUGCUCAUGGGAGUACUGCUGGUCACUGUGAUAUACGGCCAGAUGUCCGACUUCUACAACUACCCUACCGUCACCAGCGUCAACGUGGCCUACGUCGACGAGGAGGACUUCCCCGCCAUCACCAUCUGCGACCUCAACGUCUUCAACAAGGACUUCAUAGAGAGGCUGGACAAAAAGACUCAGAUGUACAUGCCCUAUUUAACGGAGAUCUCCGGCAUUUUCCACCUGGUCGGGAAUCGAAUAUUGGACAAGCUGGUGAAAAAGGAAAAAGUGCCAGAUACCAACCGGAGCGCGGAAGAUUUAGUGAAUUCGUUGCUGGGCAACGUGAACACGAUGAUUCACGGCACGGGACUGAGCUGCGCCUACGGAGAUUACUACUGGGAGAAUUGUUCCGUUGCGAUGAAAACAAGCAUCACGGAAAUGGGAGUGUGUUUUACCAUCGAUACACGUAAGCUGGCGCGCAACAAACAAGGGCGGAAGUUAAAUGCCGUGGGGAACGCGCUCAGGGGGCUGAACGCCUUGGUAACGACGGAUAAAGGCGAGGUGCCCUUCAGACUUUACCAGUUCGACGGAUUUAAGAUUGUUCUACAUGACCACGACCAGGUACCCUUGCCACUGUCUAAAGGUUUCGUUGUUGGCGCCAACUGUUCCACGGAAAUACAGAUUUCCAAAGUAGUUAGGAUAGGUUUGAGCCCUCCGUUCAAGGCGUUUGGUGGGACGAAGUGUGUGGACACCAGCUCGAAAUACUACCGAGGUUUACUCAAGAGAUUCGCCUACUACACCAAGGAGGCUUGCGAAAAGGAAUGUUUUUGAUUACGUCAUUCAAAUAUGUGGAUGU